AUCACCCACUAUGUUAUACAUAAACUCCCCCGACCAAAAAACACAUCUCCUCUCUCUCUCCUCCUUCUCUCCCUCUCUGUCUCUCUCUCUCUAUCUCUCUUCAUCUAACUCAUAAGCUCUGAGCAGUUCCAGCCAAGUUGCAGCGCUCUUCUUUCUUCAGUGAGGAGUAGGCCGAAAUGGCGCAGAUUUUGGCACCCACUUCACAAUGGCAGAUGAAAGUUACAAAGAGCUCAGCAACUGCCAGUCCUAUGACAGCAAAGAUGUGGGGUUCUCUUGUGUUGAAACAGAACAAGAAAGGACCAACUCGGAGCUCUACUAAAUUUAGAGUGCUCGCCACCAAGUCCGAAGGUUAUACCAUAAACAGGCUAGAGGGUUUACUAAACCUCGACCUCACUCCAUUCACUGACAAGAUUAUUGCCGAGUACAUUUGGAUUGGAGGGUCAGGGAUUGAUGUCCGUAGCAAGUCAAGGACAAUUUCAAAGCCUGUUGAAGAUCCUUCUGAGCUUCCCAAGUGGAAUUAUGACGGAUCAAGUACCGGACAAGCACCCGGUGAAGACAGUGAAGUAAUCUUAUACCCCCAGGCGAUAUUUAAGGACCCUUUCCGUGGUGGCAACAAUAUUCUGGUAAUUUGCGAUGCAUACACACCGCAAGGCGAGCCUAUCCCAACAAACAAGCGCGCCAGGGCUGCUGAGAUUUUCAAGAACAAGAAGGUUAUAGACGAAGUACCAUGGUAUGGGAUUGAGCAGGAGUACACAUUACUCCAAACCGAUGUGAAAUGGCCUUUGGGUUGGCCAGUUGGAGGUUAUCCUGGUCCUCAGGGUCCCUACUACUGUGGUGCUGGUGCUGACAAGUCAUUCGGCCGUGACAUAUCAGAUGCUCACUACAAGGCUUGCCUAUAUGCCGGAAUUAACAUCAGUGGCACCAAUGGGGAGGUUAUGCCUGGCCAGUGGGAGUAUCAAGUUGGUCCGAGUGUGGGAAUUGAAGCGGGAGAUCAUAUCUGGGCUUCACGAUACAUUCUUGAGAGAAUCACUGAACAAGCUGGUGUUGUUCUCACACUUGAUCCAAAACCGAUAGAGGGUGACUGGAACGGUGCAGGAUGCCACACCAAUUACAGUACAAAGAGCAUGAGGGAAGACGGAGGCUUUGAAGUUAUUAAGAAGGCAAUUUUGAAUCUGUCACUUCGCCACGGUGAGCACAUUAGUGCCUACGGAGAAGGAAAUGAGAGAAGGUUGACAGGAAAGCAUGAAACAGCCAGCAUUAACACAUUUUCUUGGGGAGUGGCUAAUCGUGGUUGCUCAAUCCGUGUUGGUCGUGAAACUGAGAAGCAAGGAAAAGGUUAUCUGGAGGAUCGUCGUCCAGCUUCAAACAUGGACCCAUACAUUGUGACCUCACUGCUGGCAGAGACUACAUUGUUGUGGGAGCCAACCCUUGAGGCUGAAGCUCUUGCAGCUCAAAAGCUUGCAUUGAACGUCUGAAACCAAUUCGUCGAAGAUAAUCCACUGGGGCUUCAAAUGCUGUCAAUUGGGACAAAACAGCCAAAUGUGGAAAGCAUUUUCCCUCACCUUUUAAAUUCUUUUGAGAAGAUCCUUUGUAAAUAAAGGUUCCAUUGUCAGUGAUUGUUCAUCUCAUGCUCAACUGUCAACUUUGUAGACUAUUUUCUUGUAUCGAAGAAAUUAAUCGUGUAGAUCAGAGCGCCUUAAUUGAAUCAUUUGACAGUUUAUUGGAUAA